AAGAAAGGGUACUAAUUCAGUAAAGUUGUGAUAGAAACUAAGAUAUCCCUAGAUUUGUUUAUAGUAUGAGUUUUGGAUCAAUAUUACCCGGGGGAUCCGUUUGAAGUCACGAAGAGUAACGUAUCAUGUAUGCGUAGAGUAAGGUGGCAAAUCAGGGCUCCGGUCAAGGGGGUUAUCUCUCGGGAUGCAGAUGAUAUACCUGAGGAAGUAGGUGAAGUGAUUGGUGCAGGCCGACUGACAUGUAUGGUGGAUGGACUGGUGAGAUUAUGGAGAAUGACUAUGAUACCAAGGAAGACCCCCAGUCACAAGUCAAGAACUCAGUCGGCAUGGAGAAGAACUGCUGCGACGAAGACACUUUCAGGCUUCACAUGGUCACGUGGAAUGUUGCUACAGCUGAUCCUCCAGAUGACAUCAGCUCCUUGCUUCACCUGAACUCCCCAAAGACCCCAGACCUCUACGUGAUUGGUCUCCAGGAGGUGUACUCUGCUCCUCACAGGUUCAUCAUAGACAUGGCCGUUGAGGACUCCUGGAGCCAUCUCUUCAUGUCCAGCCUGGCACCACGAGGCUACCUGAAGGUGUCCUCCAUCCGCAUGCAGGGCCUCUUACUGCUGUUCUUCUCCAAACUGGCCCACGUUCCAUUCAUUAGAGACAUCCAGGACACCUACUCUCGCACAGGCAUCUCCGGCUACUGGGGGAAUAAAGGCGGGGUGUCCAUCCGCCUGUCUUUCUACGGCCACAUGCUCUGCUUCCUCAACUGUCACCUGGCAGCACACAUGCAGUACGCCUCGCAGCGCGUCGACGAGUUCGAGUACAUCCUGGACACGCAGACCUUUGACCCCAAAAAGACCCCGCACAUCCUCGACCACAAGCUGGUCUUUUGGUUUGGGGAUUUGAACUUCCGCAUCCAAGAUCACGGCAUGCAUUUUUUGCACAACUGCAUCACCAGCCAUAAGUUCAACUUGCUGUGGAGCAAAGACCAGCUGACCAUGAUGAAGAAGACGGAGGCUCUCCUGCAGGAGUUUGACGAGGGACCUCUGGACUUUCAACCAACCUACAAAUUCGACAGGUUCUCUGACUGCUAUGACAGCAGGCCCCACGGGACAUGGUUUGGUUUCCAUGGUAAGAUGCGUAAGCCGGCCUGGACAGACCGGAUCCUGUGGAGGGUGAAGCCUAAAGAGCCACCCCCAGAGGAGGAGAAGGACGAGGACAGGGACUCUGGUCUGGAUGAGAAGAACACCAAGAAUCAGCAGGAGGAGGAAGAGUUCCCUCUGAAACUCAAACAGGAUUCGUACACCAGCAACAUGGAGUACGGCGUCAGCGACCACAAGCCUGUCAUCGGCAUCUUUACCUUGGAGUUGAGGAAGAUGUACGAGGCGCCGUUGGUGCGCGUGUGUGCCGAGGGUGAAUGGAGCGCCGACUUUGACGCCAUGGUGAUCUACAGCCCCCUCCAGCCCUUCCCUUCUAGCGCCUGGGACUGGAUCGGCCUCUACAAGGUGGGAUUCAGGAGUGUUUCGGACUACAUUACCUACACCUGGGUGAAGGAUGAUGAGGUCUCGUUUAAUGACGAGCUCACCCAGGUCUAUGUGAGCAAGGAUGAGAUUCCGGCACUGGGAGGGGAGUGCGUGCUCUGCUAUUACUGCAGUACGCUCCAAUGCAUUGUGGGUAUUAGCUCACCCUUUAAGGUACACGAGUCCAAGGUGGCCGUUGAGGAAGGUCUCGUGCCGGAGAACAUCGACGGCCUUGAAAAGGCCACAGCCAGUUAGGACCUGUGAGUGGAACCAGACUUUAUUGCUGGACCAAACAUGACCUCUUAACACUGUCUGUCUGUCGAUGCUGUUACACAUUUGACCUUUGGUGGCCUGUCUGCAAGCUGUGGUGCUGCUGAAGUCAUGGAAUGUUACCUAACUGUAGGCCAGUGCACUUUGUUUUUAAUGAAUCAUAACUGUUUCUGUCUUGUUCUCCGCUGCCAGUUGUGGCAACAGUAACCUACGCGUUUAUUUAAGUUCUGUUCAGAUGUUGAUCCCGCUUUUAAAAUCAGUCGCAGAGACAUAUUGGCAGUGUCGUUUUAAGAAAGGUUCAGUGUUUUUGCUCAGUGUAUUUUUUGUUGUUGUGUGUUUCGUCUCUGGAUUGACACAGAACACAUUGGACAUGUUCCAGGUAGGUUGUACAGAAGUCGAAUAUUAACUUCAGAGUCGUGGCUGUUUCACUUGAGAAUUCGACCAAACACAUAUUGUUAAUGCAUGAAUAUGACAUUGUUUUAAAUAAUGGUUGAUACAUUUACAUUUUCCCUCUGCUAACAAAACGCUUCGUGCUAUGCUGUGCUAUGCUGUGCUAUGCUAUGCUGUGCUGUGCUAUGCUGUGCUAUGCUGUGCUAUGCUGUGCUAUGCGAUUCCGAGAAAUAUAUUGCACAAUUUGUUCAUGUUCACAUUCAUGACCCUGCCCUUUUUAUAGAUGUGCGUAAAAGGUUACUGGUUUAGGUAUUUAUUGAAGUCAUUUUGGUUCAAGUAAGUGUGAUUGGGGAUGAAAAUAUAUCUAAAAAAACAGUGGAUUCAACAAGUGCCUCAAUGUUAACAACCAGUCUAACUGUUCAAUGGAUGCUUUGGUACAAAACUAUAGAAUUCCUAUUUGAUUAUCUAUUGGUGUGUUUGAAAAUUAUCAUAUUGUUCUUAUUCUUAAAAAAUAUGCAAGUCUUUCUUGUUCUGUACGCAUCAACAUUUAAUCUCUAGAACUUCUUGUACUUUUCUUUGACCAAUUUCAGCAUAAGCGAGACCUGUUCAAAAAUCUUUAUUUGCUUAUUGAAACGCUUGUACAUUGACUCUGUAUUUACAGUAUUGAAAAUUAGGAGUGCUCUAUUUUCUCAGUAGCAUGUGGUAAAUGAAUGAAAACAAAUGUUAUUCUGUAACCUAUUUAAAGCUGAAAUAAAAAAUGUAAAUGAA